AUGGCGAAACGUUGUGGAUUUGUCCUUUCGCGGGUCUUUUCUCGCGUGCCACUGCCUCGGACGGCUUCAGCAUCCUCGCAAUCCAACGACUCUCACGCGUCAACUAUCAUCGAUUUCUCUAGCUCGCCGACCCCGCCAGCACCAGCAGCGGAGAAGAUGAGUCUUUUUGUCGAAGACGACUUUCUGGAUUCCGAUGAGCUCGGGUAUGGUAUCUUUAGCUUUGGACCACCACCACGACCUCAGGCCUGGGAAUUCGAAACUUUAGACAGUGACGAGGACGAACAUUUUAUUGACGACUAUUCUGAUAACAACGGCGUUUCUGACACCGCCGAUACCAGCGAUAACGGCGAAUCUGACGGUAACGGAAAACUUGACGAUGGUGGCGAAUCUGAUUAUGACAGCGAUUCUGGGUACAACGACAAUUCUGAACACAACGAUGAUUCUGAAAACAACGACGAUUCUGAACACAACGACGAUUCUGAACACAACGACGAUUCUGAACACAGUGACGACGAACGAGAUUUGAAUGAGAGUGGAGGAAGUACAAGAAGGCGUAUUACACCAGUACCUGUAGAGGCACUUACCGAAAGCUCCAAGGGGAAGUCUGAGGAAGAAGAUGAAGAAGAGCAGGAAGCAGUACCGGAACAACAGCUAGAUGGCUUCACCGAGCAUCGACUGCUAGAAGACUGCACCAACAAUCAACGUCACAGCACUUCCCUUCCUGCGUCUGAUACUGCGAAAGAGGGGUCCCUCACGGAAAUCAAGACAGAAGAUAAUGGAACCAUGGACGAGCACGCUACUAGCGAGGCCGAAGUCGUCAUAUCCACUACCGUAGCCGUUGCCAGUGCUGCUUCUCCGCCGACGGCUUUUACAACAGAAGAAAUGGCUGAGCUGGCGGCAAUUCUGGCUGUAUGCCCCCCUGUCCCAGAAGGAUCAGGAAGCUCGUACCACAGAUGGGCAAACGUGCGGUGGGCAAACUGA